GGCGACCAGAGCUUUGCUCGCCGUUAUAUCUGCGUCUCCGAAUCGCUGCUUCAUCUCUCCUAGCAGGAUCAAAAUUCUUCAAUCCUCAACUUCUUCUUCAAGUGUACACUUCCAUAGACACAGUAGAAAAAUCCACAGAAUAGCUCGAAGUUACUCAUCUGACUCAGAUUCCUCCGCUCUUCAGCCGCCGGACGUGUCCCGUCUGGCUCAGACAGCUCGAAUCUCUCUAACUCCGGCAGAGGUUCCAUUUACUCUCUUUCUCUUUAUCGAAUCUACUUUGUCCAAUUGAGUUCUCCUCCUAUGAUCUUUUUUUUUUUUCCUUUUCAGAUAGAGGAAUGUGAAACUAAAAUUCGUAGAGUGAUCGACUGGUUUGGGCAGCUUCAACAAGUUGAUGUUAACAGUGUGGAGCCAGCUAUUCGAGCAGAAAUGGAUGGCGGAAAUUUGCGAGAGGAUGCUCCAGAAACAUUUGAAAACAGGGACAGUAUAAGAGCUUCCAUUCCAAGCUUUGAGGAGGCUUAUUUAAAAGUCCCUAAAAUACUAAACAAAGAGUGACUUUUUCAGCUUCUCGGAAUUGUUUGGCUGGAGAGAUUCAUUCUCAUUCUCAGCAUCUAUGUUUUCUAAAAUUUGUUAGGCGGAAACAAAAUUGCCUCAAAAUUGUUAAGUCUCAUGAAUAGUGUCUGUGAUAGGAUGUUUUGAUCCCGGCCUAUUUUGAAUCCUGUGCGGAUUUUUUAAGCCCGAUCGGUUAUAAACUCUGACUGAACUAUAUUGCUCUACAACAUUCCUAAUUCCGAAUGUGUAAUUGUAUUAUGUUGGCCGCUGAAUAAUUUCAAGUAUUCGUU